AUGACAGUCCAAGCUGCACAAGAGAAUGGGUAUCGCACAAACGACGUGUGCGAAUCCGAAUCGGCAAAUACCAAUGACGUUCAGACGAACAAAAUUCCGAGAUCACAGCCUAAUGGCGUUCAAACGAACAGGAACGGCUUCAAGGACGCCAUAUCCGAGGACACAGUUACUCCACCGCCUAUUGCCAUCGUAGGUAUGGCUCUGCGGCUUCCCGGUGGAGUCUCCUCCCCAGAAAGUCUCUGGGACCUCCUCAUCAAUAAGCGAGACGGCCGGAGCCGGAUUCCCAGCGAUCGUUUCAACGUCGAAGCAUUCUACGGCCCAUGUGCAAGGAAGGGUGAAGUUGCUUCACAGUAUGGUUAUUUUCUAGAGGACUCGCUAGAAUAUCUUGAUGCAUCUUUCUUCGCUAUGUCGAAGGCCGAGAUUGCUCAGCUCGACCCUCAGCAAAAACUGUUGCUAGAGGUGGUGUAUGAGUGCAUGGAAAGUGCUGGUCAGUCAAACUGGCGGGGUAGCAAGGUCGGUUGCUAUGUGGGUGUUUUUGGGGAGGACUGGUUGGACCUUUGCAACAAAGACACCCAAUCGUUCGAUAUGUACCGUAUUUCUGGAACUGGAGACUUUGCGAUAUCGAACCGGAUCUCAUAUGAGUAUGACCUGAAAGGGCCGAGCAUGACUAUUCGUACCGGCUGCUCUUCGGCCCUUGUUGGUCUCGAUGAAGCCUGCCAGGCUCUUGCCAACGGCCAUUGUUCCUCCGCCAUAGUAGCUGGCACGAACAUCAUCAUCAGUCCAACCAUGACACAGCAUAUGACACAGCAAGGCGUCCUAUCCAAAGAGGGAUCAUGCAAGACAUUCGACGCUGCUGCUGAUGGGUAUGCCCGUGGUGAGGCUAUCAACGCUGUAUACAUUAAGAAGCUAGACGAUGCCCUAAGAGACGGCGAUCCAAUUCGCGCAGUGAUCCGCUCGACCUUCCAGAACAGUGACGGCAAGACAGCUGGGCUCACUAACCCGAGCUCGCAAGCGCACGAAGACAUGAUGCGGACGGCGUACAGCAUUGCUCAGCUACCAGUGUCACGCACAGCUUACGUCGAAUGCCACGGCACUGGAACAUCAGUCGGUGAUCCGCUCGAAACAGUUGCCAUUGGUAAGGUUUUUGGCGGCUCAGGCUCGAAGGUCAAACCAAAUGUUGGCCAUUCAGAAGGGGCUUCCGGUAUUACAAGCCUCAUAAAGGCAGUUCUGGCUUUGGAGAACCGAACCAUACCCCCGAACAUCAAAUUCUCGACACCGAACCCGAAAGUUCCUUUCAAGGAGGCCAAUCUUCAAGUCCCAGUGGAGCCAACGCCGUGGCCGACUGACCGAGCUGAGCGUGUCAGUGUCAAUUCAUUCGGGAUAGGAGGAGCAAACGCUCACGUGCGUGAGAAUUCGAGGAGUACCUACAACAACGUCAAGUCUGACCAGUGA